UAUACGCAAUAUGUCUGAUACGCGCAUGAGUCAAUGAGUUAUCCUGGUGAGACACAGUUCAUCGACGCAUAGGCAGAGCUGGGGAACUUUUUCAGUACAUUCGACUGUAUAACGUAUUUUUUUAUUGCGAGUGUAGAUAGAUGUAGAUAGAAGUGAAUUCGUACAACCUUUCGUCGUACGACCCAAUACUGAGGUUUACUGACAGUACUACUACUGUAAAAGUAAUUGCAUUUGUCUCAGGUACGUGUGGAUGAAUAACGACAUAUCAUCGGUCGCAGUACUGGCAGUCAAUUUCGGAACUUACCCCUGGAGAUGCGAUGGCUUCAAAUCAGUUGAAUAAUGCAAACCGUCCAACCAAUGAAAACAGUCAAGUGAAAAUGGAACCCGGUGCAUCAGUAUCGACCCUGUUAAAAAAUAUAAAGACAGAGCCAGGCCUUUCAUCGUCCACUACAAGACUAACUUCUUUUCGGAUACCUCGAGACUUAACGCUUGGUGGAAGCAUUAAAACCGAGAAAGCUAAAAAAAUAUAUACACCUAAUUUAAAUGCUCAGAGGAACAAGAAGAAGGAAUAUGGAAGUUCCAGCUCACACCAAUCAAAAAUAUCUAAAGAUCGAGACAGAGGUAGAGGUCAUAGUGGUGGUCGUGAGGAUGGAGGUAGGGGACGUAGAAAAAUGUCAAUGAGUAGUUUCAUACAGUCUGUUGGAGUAUUUUCUGAGGGUAUAACAGAUGCAGCACGCGCAAAUAGACGAUACAGUGGUGUAACUGACAGUAGAAGUGAUGGAAACAGUGGUCCAUUCCUUGAAAAGCCAAAAUUAAAUUUAGACCGUAAUGUUAAUAAAGCUGCCGAGGAAGAAAAGUUAAAGUUACUAUUGAGAGAUGACUUUAUUGAUAAUGGAUUGGACACGGAUCUGGAUAAUGCACCAGUUAUGUUACCAAUGAUUGAAGAUGGAACGUUGUAUAAAGAAGAUUUGAAGGAAGAGACCGCCGAGACGGAAUCAAAGGAUUCGAAACCGAUUAUUUUGGAGAAUGGCGAAGUAAGGUCACCAGAUUAUUCGGCAAACGCGAAGGCAUCAAGAUUGCGUGUAUGUCCAAGAGGCAAGUUGGUAGACACUACGAUUCCCCAAAUUUUUGAUAGCAAACGAAACAGCUACAUACUGAUACAGCUUCCAGAUUGUUUGCCGGGAUUGAGAGUUGGUGAAGAAUUAAAUGAAUUCAGAUUAAAAUCUGCAGAAUCAAGCGUAGAAGGGACAGAUGUUGGAAGAAAUUCAAAUAACGAAUAUUGUACAUUAAAUACUUUGAAGGAGGGACUGUUGGGAAAGUUACAAAUUUUCAAGUCUGGCAAAGCACGGCUUGUCUUAGGCGACAACGAUUUAAUCGUUGAUGUUGGUUCAAAACUUAGUUUUCGUCAGGAUCUUGUGGCUACGAAAGUCGACAGUGAAAAACAAACAGGCCAUUUGAUCAAUUUGGGAGGAAUCGGUGGCACACUCAUAUGCUCACCAGAUUGGGAAUCAAUGUUGGCCAAUAUAUAGUGUUUCUGAAUAAAUUGUUUUGAUUGUACAAUCAUACAACGUGCAUCUUUAGACGGAAUUAUGUGAGGGAGGGAAUGAUUUAUGAUUAUGAUGCUUCCUUCAAAUUAGUGUAUUUUCAGUGUCUGAAGUAAUAAUAAAUUGUGAAACACGCGUCACAGCGAGUACAAACUAAA